UAACAACUCACGUCUCUGGUCUCACAUGUGGUUAUGAAGAUGAAGUUGUUAACAUGGAACAUAAACGGAAUCCGUGCCAGUAAAGUGGAGUUGUCUUCAUUGUUCGAUUCUCUUGAUGCAGAUGUUAUAUGCCUCCAAGAAACGAAAGUCACAAGAGACAUGCUGGAUGAGCCUACAGCAAUAGUAGAAGGCUAUAACUCCUACUUCUCAUUCUCAAAGAAGCGAAGUGGAUAUUCUGGUGUUGCAACAUUUUGUAAAAGUUCUGCAACCCCAAUAGAAGCUGAGGAGGGUCUCUAUAAAGACCUAAACCCCAAAGUGGAUGGAAAAGUCAGUCACUAUGGUGAUGUGAGCGAGUUUUCCAGUGAUGAGUUAGAGGCUCUAGAUUCAGAGGGCAGGGCAGUCAUUACCAAGCAUAAAAUCAGAAAGAGAGACGGACAAAAAGCAGAGUUAGCCAUCAUCAAUGUCUAUUGUCCUCGUGUGGAUCCCGACAGAGAGGACAGACUGUUAUACAAACUCCGGUUCUUCGCUCUUUUGCAGACCAGAGCAGAGGCACUUCUGAAAAGUGGCUGUCAUGUUAUUGUUCUUGGAGACAUGAAUGUCAAACACAAGAGUAUAGACAUGAGUGAAGAAGAUGAAAUCGGAACAGUCACCAAGCCAAGCCGUGUGUGGGUGAACCAGUUUGUUUGGGACGGUGACAGAGAUUCCAGUAUUCCAGAUGUGGAGAACAAGGAAGAGUUUGCAGGAACCACCAGUUUUGUGAGCGGUGGUCUGUUUGUUGACUCGUUUAGAUAUUUAUAUCCAGACCAAGAGGGAGCCUAUACUAACUGGUGCACUUUGACCUCAGCUAGAGAAACAAACUAUGGCAGACGCCUUGAUUACAUCUUCACUGAUAUACAGCUGGUGAAGAGUGAUUUAAAGGACUGUAGUAUCAUGUCAGAUGUUGAAGGAUCAGAUCACUGCCCAGUUAAAGCUGAAUACUUCACAGAAUUCAUUCCUGCUGAUAGAUGUCCUGCACUGUGUACAAAGUACAUGCCUGAGUUUUGUGGAAAGCAAGUCAAACUCUCAUCAUUUUUUGUGAAGAAGGAAAAGACCAAUGAAAAAAUUGAAGUAACUUUCAGCCAGACUACCUCUGAUCACAAUGUCACAUCUGUGGCUAUAGUUGAUAAUGUAGAGAAAAUGUCAUCCAAGCGAUCAGGUGCAGAUGAAAAGUUUGGAAAUCAGGCUAAGAAAAGGAAAACUGAAUCAAGUGAUAUUAAACAAGGAAGCCUUAAAGGAUUUUUUCUAAAGGCAAGUUCAAAAAAGGAGAUUAUAGAUCUUAACAUUCAAAAGUCUACCAGUAAUACAAAAGAGGAGAUACAAACCACCGAGAUGGGAGUAAAAGUAGUGGAUGAUAUAACAAUCAAAACCAACUCAGCAAGUGCUUGGAAAAGUCUCCUUAAAGGGCCACCUCCUCCCCCUUUGUGUAAAGGACAUCAGGAAACCUGUGUAUUAAGGACUGUAAAAAAGCCUGGUCCAAACAAAGGCAAACAGUUUUUUGUGUGUGCCAGAGGCGAGGGUCACAGCAGCAAUCCAGAGGCCAGAUGUGACUUUUUCAAAUGGGUGGACCAUAAGAAAAAGUGAAUUGAUUUUUUUUUUAUGUACAUCUUCUGGGUAAAUUUUUGUACCAUUAAAAGAUAAAAUUUCA